GGAGCAGAUAACACCAGGUUAAUAAACCUCGGGCACGGGAAGUUGGGAAAUCAGUUAGAACGGAAAGCCGGAGAUUGAAGACCGAGAGGUUGAAGAUUGAUCAUCAUGAAGAUAUUUGCGGUUGCUUUGGUCCUACUCUUGGCAAAAGGAGUGGAGGGUCGUGUCCUUCCAGGUGCAUCAGAUGGUGGACCAACCCAUGGUGAACAACGCUUGGCUUUGCUGGACUUAGGCAAUACAACAAUGAACAUCCAUAAUAUAAAUCCCAUUUUAGAAAAAUUGGCACAGAACAUGACCCUGUUGACGGAAGAAAUCCAACAGCAACUUCAAACUUUUAGCACACAUUUUCACGAACAGGCAAGUACGAUCAGAGAAAGGUUGAGCUCCCUGUUUGAACAGCCUCCAGCACUACCUGAAGGCAUUUCUAAACUGACCAGUCCAAACUUGACCCAACAACUGGAGAUUUUGAAGAAAAACAUCAGCCGUUUGAGUUUGAACUUCAAGCCUGUUUCUUUCAAUCAGACUUCAGAAAAGAAGGUUUAUCAAGAACUCGCAGAGAACUUGGAUCAGUUUCACCAGUUGUUUGCACCUGUACUUAAUUUUUUCCAAGGAACAAUCACAGAGGGAGUUGAAAACCUGAGGAAAUCCAUGGGACCUGGGGUUCAUGAAAUCAAGAAACUUGUCGAAUUGUCCAAAUCGACAAAACUAAGUGGAGAAACACCAGAAUCACAUUAGAGUUAUUUGAUGGAUUCUGACACCAAUGAGGAAAAUUAGUGAUGAAGAACACAAAUUAAACUUCAAGUAAUCAAAAUGGGAAAGGCCAACCCCUCUUCUUUAAUCAAAAGCAAACGGUCUGAAAUAUAGUCAGAGAACAAUGGAAAUGCUCUGCAGACCAGGCGGCAUCAGUGAAGGAGAGUGAGACAGAGAAUUAAGCAAUGACGUUCUGAUAACUGGACAUGGGGAAUAUGCAGGAGGCUAUUGAGCCCCUCAAGCCUGUUCCACCAUUCAAUGAGAGCAUGGCUGAAUAAUUGCCUAACUCUAUAUAUCUGCUUUUGGUCUCUGCCCCUUAGUACUUCUGCUGGGGCAGCACCGUGGUUAGCACUGCUACCUCACAGCACCAGGGACCUGGGGUCAAUUCCAACCUCAGACCACUGUUUGUGUGGAAUUUGCACAUUGUCCCCGUGUCUGCGUGGGUUUCCUUUGAGUGCUCCAGUUUCCUCCCACAGUCCAAACCUGUGCAGGUUAGAGUGGAUUGGCCAUGCUAAAUUGCCCAUAGUGUUUGGGGAUGUGAAGCUUAGGUGAGCUAUAGGUGUAUGUGUCUGGGUGGGAUGCUCUGAGGUUCAGAGUGGACUUGUUAGGCUAAAGGGUCUGUUUCCACACUGUUGGGAUUUUAUGAUUAACAAAAAUGUACCCAUCACAAAUCAUGACGAGGAAGCCCGGUUAACUCUGGUUCUCUCUCCACAGGUGUUGCCAAGCCUGUUGACCAUUUUCAACCUUUUCUAUUCCCAUUUCACAUGUUAUAAUUGCAAAGGUAUUUACAAAGAAUUUGCAUAUAAUAGGCUUUUCCAUCCAAUGCAAGGUCUAUGAAACUUGUCACGUCCUCCAAACUUUCCUAAAAGGGAGACGGUGAUGUUUUGGUAAUGUCACUGGACUGGUAAUCCAGAAUCCUGGAUUAAUGUUCUGGGGACAAGAUUUUGAAUCCCACCUUGGCAUUUGGUGAACUCUAAAAUUAAUAAACCAUCUGGAAUAAAAAGUUAGCCCGUGGUGACCAUGUAACCAUUGUCAAUUUUUGUAAAAACUACUUGAUUCACUUGAGGACAUCUGCCAACCAUACUCAGUCUGGCCUGCAUCUUGCUCCAGAUCCACAGCAAUGUGGAUAACUCUUAACUGUCCUCUGGGAAAUAAAUGCUGACCCAGCCAGUGAGAUCCAUAUCCUGUGAAAAUAUAAAUACUAUUCUAACCCCAUCAAAAUAUCCUGCAAAUAAGUAAAAUCAGUUGCCAUGCAUCUAAUACAUUAGAUUGAAAGAAUUUUGUUUGUCAUUUAUCUUAAAACUUCCCAAUAAAGGAGCUGUCUCUAUUGAUUCUUGUUGGUGACCGUUGAAUGUUUGUUAAGCCGGUCAAAUUAUUUUACAAAAUCUGUAAACCUGCAAAUGAUGUCACAUCAUUAGAAUAAAUGUGUAAUUCAGAAUAACAAA